AGAACUACAUUUCCCGCCUCCAGUCGGCUUUGCAGUGUUGUUAACAGAUACAGGGGCUGGGGCACACUGCAAUAACUCUGGAGCUCACUGUAAACCGCUGCCUCGUCGUUGGGCUCAAAACACCGAUCCCUGUUUAUUGCUGACUGCUGACAGAAAUGUCAGAGACGUCAAGUGAUGCAGAGUCGUCCUGUGGCUGGACCAUUAUCAGUAAUGAGGGUUCAGACAUUGAGACGUUGGGAUCGGAGGCUGCAGUGGAAUAUGGAGCCGAGCUGUUAGAGCGCCCUCCAGUGGAGGAAACAGAGCCGCAGGAACCACAGGCUUCUGCAUCUAACGCUCAGUGUGUUGAAGAAAAAGUUGCUGAGUCCCUUAAUGAAACUGUGGAAGAGCAAACCAUAGAUGAGACACUGUGUGCCACAGAGGCUGUAGAUGACACCACAGGGAAACAGCAUGUGACUCUGCUGUCCUCCAGCGAUCACUCAGACAUUGUGACCCUUGGAGACUUGAAGGAGGAUGAGCACGUUGAGGUGGAGGAGGAGGCAGCAGCCAGCGAGGAGUUCUACAUGGGCACCUCCUGCAGCAGCCAGUACGCCUUCACUGCUGCAGAGACAGCCAAAGCAGGUUUGAGGUUGAGUCACUGGAACCUUCCACAGAGUCUCGUGAACUUAGGCUACCAUCUGAGAAGUCAGCUCACUGGAGGACGCUCUUUACCAGUCUUUCCAGUACAGCAGCCUGCAGUGACAAACUCAAGCAGCAGUGAGGAUGAGGCAGGACGUAGCCCCAGCACUGUUGUCCGAAGACGAAGGUUGAGAAGGAAUACCGCAAGCAUCGUGACAGAGCCUGAGGAGGAGGAGGAGGAGGUGCAGGAGUCUGGCCAUAGUGAUGACGAGGAGGAUGAAGAGGUCAGAGAGCAGAGGCAGGAGCAGGAGGAGGCAGAAGUUAAAAGUCUGGACGUCCGAAAGCAAGGCCAGGGCAGCAGCAUCCUCAACAGGUGUAUCCUGAUUGCCCUCGUCAUCGCCAUCAGUAUGGGCUUUGGCCACUUCUAUGGUACCGUCCAGAUUCAGGAAAGACAGAAAACGGAUAAAGUCAGAAUGAAUGAACUGGAUGUUGUGAGGGAUCUGAUUCAGCGACAUGUUAGAGAACAACCUUUUGCUAAACAGGUCCAGAAGAGCGACUUUGCCUUGGAUGACCUGGAUGAGCAAAAAGUUAUUUCCCUGCUCACAGAGGUGAUUGAGAAGAUGAAGAAAGAGAACCAGGAGCUCAACAUCAAACGGGCGCACAUUCAGGCUCAGAGGGAUGACCUGGAAACGUUGCUGAAACAGAAGGCUGAGGAGAGGACUAACAUCAUGUCUCAGCAGCAGAAGUUGACCACUGAGAACCAGCUGCUGAAAACCUCCCUACAACGUGAAGAGAAGUCCCUCUCCACCUUACAGGAGGAGCUGAGAAACCUGCGCUCUAAGAUUAGAGAUCGGGAGGCGAUGGGAGUCGGUGCUGACUUGUUGCUAUCAGAAAACCAGAGGCUGAAAGACCAGCUGGAGGAAGAGAAACAGCUGAGCCAAAGCUUCCACAGCCAGCAGGAAGACAUGAUGGCUGAAGCACAGACACUGAGGAAGAAGCUUAACAAGGAGAGAACGGUUACAGAUGAGCUGAGGAGGCAGUUAAAUGAGCUGAGAAGUCAAAUCCCCAGAGCUGGAAAGGAGGCUGGUUCAGAGGCAGGAGAGCUCCAGUCACGUCUGGCGGAGCUGGAGAAGAGACUGAGCUUUGAGCAGCAGCGCUCGGAUCUGUGGGAGAGACUGUAUGUGGAAACCAAAGAGGACAGAGCUAAAGGAGACACAUCGUCCAAAGUGAAAAGACCAAAAGAGGGCAUGGCAGGUAAAGUGAAAGAGACAUUCGAUGCCGUGAAGAACUCCACCAAAGAGUUUGUCCAUCACCACAAAGAGCAGAUAAAGAAAGCAAAGGAAGCUGUGAAGGAGAACCUGAGGAAGUUUUCAGAUUCUGUCAAAUUAACUUUCCGACAUUUCAAGGAUUCAGCUUCAACCUUCAUCAACAAAGCCAGAGGCUUUUACGAUAAGAGACGUGAUGAGAAGAACACAAAAGAGUCGUGGCAGCACAGAUCCCACAAGACUCAUCACAGACACCAGCGCAAAUUUGAAGAGUCCUUUCAGGGCAACCACAACACUCGAAAAUCAGGAAAUAAAGUUCACGACGAUCGAGGUCAAGACGCCCACAAGGCUAACUUGAAAGGAUGCUCUGGCGUUUUCGACUGCGCUUACCAGGAGUCCAUGAGUCUCUUCAACAAAGCCAUGGAGCCAAUCAGAGCAGACGAAUUUUACCAGCUGCUGCAGAGCUACCUGCAUCAAGAAGUCGACCAUUUCCACCACUGGAAAGAGCUGGAGAAGUUCAUCAACAAUUUCUUCCACAACGGAGUGUUUAUCCAUGACCAGAUGCUGUUCACAGACUUUGUCAGCGGCGUGGAGAACUAUCUGACUGACAUGCGCGGCCUUGAUGACGACGUGUUCAGAGAUCUUGAUGACUUCGUCUAUCGGCACUUCUUUGGAGAGGCUUACAGAAAAAGCUACGGCCCAAACGGGCCGUUUGAAAGACCCAACACAGACUCAAAGGAGUCGAGGGCGAAGCAUCAUCAACGAAAGCAGCAGAGAGCCCGAUCUCGUCAGCACAGUGAACGCAAGUGGAGCCGAUCAGGGAGAAACGCAGACAGACACAUGGCUGACGUCAAAAUAGAACUGGGCCCGAUGCCGUUUGAUCCCAAAUACUGAAAUCAUCUCAGCUGGUUUAAUAUCAUAGUUGCCAAUUCUAUUUUGGGUUUUAUUCAGAUGCAGAGUUUCCUCUUUUUUUUUUUUUUUUGUAAGUUUGCACAAUGUUAACUUUUCAAUGCUACUGAAGGUCUUCGAGUUGUUUUGUGUUUAGUGAAGUAAUCGUUCCGUUUGAGUGAAAGAUGUGGCAUAUCUGGUGUAACAUGAGAUGUCUGAGUUAAUUUCCAGUUCUAGCUGAAACACCACUGAUCUUCAACCACAGCACUUAUGUUUAAAAAUACACACAAUCAAAAAUGUUUAUUUAAACGAAAAGAAAAAGACAUGCCACAUUUUUGGAUGUUUCUGUGUAGAGCCAUGUAGUUGUUUUAAUUUGCUGCUACAAAGACAGGUUUGUGUGACGAGGUUGUAGUUUGCUUUUGGAGUUAAGAUUUCUAACAUUCCACCUCAAGCUUUUCUGAACUGGACCUGGCAGAUUUAUUUGUUUUAUUUACAUGUUGUGGAAAAAAAUGACUGGAAAAAUACUGUCACACAAUCUGAAAAUAAUUAUAAUAAUUUGGUGUUACACAUUUCACACGUCUGACAAUUGAUAUUUCAAAAUAACAUUUGAGUUUAAAAUAUUUAUUUCAGCAGCAACACCAUGUGACACUCUCAUU